AACCCUUUUAUUCCCGCCAUUAUCCACCAAAAGUCGCAUUUCUACAGCUCCGCGCCUUUCCAUAAACCCCGGCAAACCCUACCCACCCUCGUUUAGGCGAAAAAGAAAGAGACAAGGAAACCUGUCUUCGAAGCAACCCUAGCAAGGAGGAUGUUGGAGCUUAGGCUAGUGCAGGGAAGUCUUCUGAAGAAGGUCAUCGAGGCGAUCAAGGAUCUGGUGACCGAUGCUAACUUCGAUUGCUCGGCGACGGGGUUCUCCCUCCAAGCAAUGGACUCGAGCCAUGUCGCCCUCGUUGCUCUCCUCCUCCGAUCCGAGGGCUUCGAGCACUACCGCUGCGAUCGAAACAUCUCUAUGGGGAUGAACCUCAACAACAUGUCUAAGAUGCUGAAAUGCGCUGGAAACGAUGAUAUCAUCACCAUCAAGGGCGACGAUGGUAGCGACACUGUCACUUUCAUGUUCGAGAGCCCUAAACAAGAUAAGAUUUCAGAUUUUGAGAUGAAGCUUAUGGACAUUGACAGCGAACAUCUAGGCAUUCCAGAGGCAGAAUAUCAUGCAAUUGUGAAGAUGCCGUCUUCAGAAUUUGCAAGAAUUUGUAAGGAUCUCAGCAGCAUAGGAGAUACUGUUGUUAUUUCAGUUACCAAGGAGGGAGUUAAAUUCUCUACCAGAGGGGAUAUUGGAACUGCGAACAUAGUCUGUAGGCAGAAUAAGACUGUUGAUAAGGUAUACAUUUCUUCAGUCCGCAUGCUUAAUUGAAUUGUAAAUUACAAAUAUAUUUUUUCUUUUUGU